AGGCGGGAAUGACGUGGAGCUGUCUGCAGACGCUCAGUGCUGGAAGGGACCUCAGGGAUCAAUAGAGGCGGUCUGCCCGAGUGGACAGCGCUGGACUUUGACCCAAGCUGCCUCUUACACCUCCUAGCUUCGUGACCCUGAGCAAAUCCCCUCGAUCCUUCUAAGCCUCAGUUUCCUCAUUUGUAGAAUGGGGAUAAAAAUUACAGCCUUAAGGUUUGCAAAGAGGUUUUGUCAUUUAUUCUCGAAACAACCAUGGGAGGUAAUGCUGUCAGUAUGCCUAUUUUACAGAGAUGUCAGAGCUUAGUGAUGAAGCCAGUGAAUCUGAGCUGCUCAACCGUAGUUUAUCCAUAUGGCACGGACCAGGUCAUCUAGUUUGUCGAGAAGAGUUGGAUGUUCCCCUGGAUAUUCAUACAGCGUCUUCAAUUGGGCAGUACGAAGUGGUGAAGGAAUGUAUUCAGCGGAGAGAGUUGGAUUUAAAUAAGAAGAACUGUGGUGGCUGGACCCCACUUAUGUAUGCUUCCUAUAUUGGCCAUGACACCAUUGUGCACCUGCUGCUGGAGGCAGGAGUCAAGGUCAACGUACCAACCCCUGAAGGCCAAACACCCCUGAUGCUAGCAUCCAGUUGUGGAAAUGAAAGCAUUGCCUACUUUCUUCUCCAGCAAGGUGCAGAGUUAGAAAUGAAAGAUAUUCAUGGCUGGACUGCCCUCUUCCAUUGUACCAGUGCUGGGCACCAACAGAUGGUCAAGUUUCUUUUGGACAAUGGAGCUAAUGCCAACUUAAGGGAACCAACUUAUGGAUUUACUCCUUUGAUGGAAGCAGCUGCUUCUGGCCAUGAAAUAAUUGUUCAGUAUCUCCUGAAUCAUGGAGUGAAAGUAGAUGUUGGGGAUUACACUGGUGCCACAGCCCGAGCACUAGCCAUGAAAUAUGGACACAUGAAGAUAGUGGGGUUGAUAGACAUUCAUACUGCUUCUCUGCCCAAGCCUCCUUACAGGAGUCCAGAAAAAUAUGAAGAUCUGAGCUCAUCAGAUGAAUCCUGCUCUGUCCCACAAAGACAAAGACCUACAAGAAAGAUGAAGGGCCUUAGUAUCCAUGAAGGGCCUCAGGCUUUGGCUAAGAUCACAGCCAUAGGAAUUGGAGGCAGGAUGCACCAGCCUUGCCUCGAACAAGUACCUCCACAGGGCUAUGUUACCUUUAACAACAAUGAGGGGAAUAGUAUUGAAGGGGAGGAUCUCCGCUAUCGAGAUGUCACCUCUCCAAUCAAUGAGCAGGAUGUGGAAAGCAGCAGCAGCAGGGAGGAAAAUGCAUUCUGUACCAACCUAGUAACCAUCAGGAGUAGCAGUAGUAGCAGUGAGGGGUUAGCCAAAGCCCUCGGGGUCAGUAGUGAGGCUUCUUUGGAGAGCAAUGAGGACUCAGAUCAUACGCACAAAAGCUCCGUUAAAAAACAGACCAAAAGUUACACGAAGGCUAAGAAUCGUUAUAGCAACAAUGAGAGCCAUUGGCCUCCUGGCAGUGGAACCUCUGGGAUACUGAAUCCUCCAGGUUCCAUCUUCAAACCAGAGAGACCCACUUAUUCAGGACCCCAGGACCUUGCAACUCUUCUGGAGCAGAUUGGGUGUCUGAAGUACCUGCAAGUUUUUGAAGAGCAAGAUGUAGACCUCCGCAUUUUUCUGACCCUCACAGAGAGUGAUCUGAAAGAAAUAGGCAUUACUUUGUUUGGGCCCAAGCGGAAGAUGACGUCUGCCAUUGCUCGAUGGCACAGUAAUGCCCGCCCACCCAGUGAUGCCCUGGAACUGGCCUAUGCAGACCGGCUUGAAGCAGAAAUGCAGGAGCUGGCCAUUCAGCUACACAAAAGAUAUGAGGAACUGGAAAUGUUGAAGGGUCAGGUAUCUCAAGAACAAGAGCUGCGGGCUAUUGUCGAAAGCUGCCUAAUGGAACAAAACAUAGCCAUGAAAGAUGUUCAUACCCAGCUUGAGGAAACCCAGGCUGUCACAAGAGACAUUGGGCUGAUUCUGGACCAACUCAAAGCUUGCCAGACUGAGCUGUCAUCUCGAGUAAAACAGGAAGAUACCCUAGGCCAAGUACCAUCAACAAAAGCACACUUGGGAACUGGUUUUAAAGGCUGGCAGGCUUCUCUGAAGUCCAUGAGCCUGUCUGAAUUAUCAGGAGCCCUAGAGGACUGUGUCAGCAACAUUGGGAAAGCUCUGUGUUCCAUGAACCAGAACCUAGAAAAGCUGCAGGUCCUAAAUGGGAAGCAGAACUGGAGAGAACCAUAAACAUACAAGAUGAAUUUGACGUCGGGUGACCAUUCCACCCUGAAACUGUGUGCCUGGAAGAAUAAGUGGGUUGGGGCCAAGAGUUUCAUCCCUCUAUUUGCAACACCCUGAGGGGGGUGGUGGAGUGAGGCUGCCAGGAGCCCAGGAAACAAGGCCAUCCUCAGGCCAGAGAGCAGGCCCUACCCACUGAGGGAGGGCGUAUCAGUUGUGAGCACUGAAGAAGAACAAGGUGCAACAGAUGAAGGAGAGCCAAUCAAAUGGCAUGUGAAUGUCUGUUAAUUGUGGGCUUCCUUCUCAGACUUAAAGAGUCCAAAUACAUUCCUGCAGCACAAAGACAAAUCCUAGGUGUGGGGUAGCACCCAACACCCCUGCAGAUGGCUGCAAUAAAACAUUUUCCCACAGCAGGUGGCCACUUGGGCUUUAGUUUGGAUACUAACACAAGGACCAAAUCUGGAUUUUCCUUUGUUUUCUGUAAAAUAAAAUUUGAAUUUGUCAGCAAUU